AAAUAGUUUACGUAUGAAGAGGCUGCUGCCACAUGUGUGUAUAUAGUAUUUGACAUAUAAUUCGUGCUGGAUAAACUUGUAAGUCGGCAUGGCCUUUGUUGGAAGAACAAUGAACAAGAAAAUCCACGUUUGGGCAAUAAUUCUAAAAGACAGCGCGAUUCACGUCCAGGUAUAUUUAAUGUCUCGAAUGUGUGAGGUCGAGUAUAAGUAUAUAGUAUUCUACAAUAAGCUGAAUACUUCGACUCGUUUCAAGCGAAGGCGCUUUGUGUGUUUGGAAUUUAGUAGUUCGUUCGAAGCGUUGGAAGACAUUUUCGUAAGCUUUUUGGGUAUAGUUAAGACCGAAUCCACGACAGAUUAUAUUUGAAGUCCAUGUUCCAUGAUCUAGAACAAUCUCAUCUAGAAGUAAAGUCGUUUCGUGGGAGACAAGAAAAGUUGACUAGUGUAGUAUAACGGUGUAAACACUUUUUACAACGGGCGAAAUAGAGGGAAUAUAACGGUGUAAACAGCAAUACAACGAAUAUCUCGAACAAAGCUUCAAAAGCUUUGUUUUUUUGGCAGACGUUGAGUCAUUGUGAACUUUAUGGCUAGUUAACUUUGCCGUAAACAAAUGAUCUAAAUAUACACAUUUCCGGAAAGGAGUCAUCGUAAUUCUUGGCUAUAAAAUCUUGUUUGUGUUUUGUGACUAAGAACUUGGCUUCGUUCGUGUUUUCUUUACUUAUAACUUCGCGUGUGAAUGUAUUUUAUAUGCAUACAUAAUCCAUUAUUAUGACCGUGUGAUUUUGUAAUGUCAGCAAUAUAAAGCCCUAAAGCUAAGAUCUAAAUUCUCGAAACAACGGUUUAUAUCCAAGGUGAUGCACCUUCCUGAAAAGUUUAUUGAUUCAAAUUUGUUAAUAACAAGUUAAUAAUGAAAGGCUGGCUAUCAAAGUUUCUGUGAUCACAGAAGAAUUUUGCAAAGGUAAAUUCAAGUAUUUCUUACAAAUCCUUCAAAACUUAGAAUUUACCUGCAUGUGCAAAAUUGCUACUGUGAUCACAGAAACGUUGGUAGUGUAAACCAACCUUAAGUUAGGGUUAAGCCUGUUUUCCACUAGGCGGAAUUUUGCGCGCGGAGCGGAAUUUUUCUUUGUCUUUUUUUAAUUAGUUCCACCCGAGGAAUCACAAGACAAAGAAAAAUUCCGCUCCGCGCGCAAAAUUCCGCGUAGUGGAAAACCGGCUUUAGUUGCAAUCUAUUUCGUUUAAUUAAUGAAUAUAUUUCUUUGUUCUAGGAAAUAUCUGAAAAUAUUAAAAAAAUCCUCGAAGGAGCAGAAAAAUUAUUACAAUCAGGACAUUAUGAAGCGGAUCUUAUUGAAUCAAUAGCGGGUUCAUUGGAACAAGAGUGGAAACAAUUUGCAAUGGAUAUCAGUGAACGUGGUAGUUUACUCGCCUGUUCCGUUAGCUUUCAUAAGAAGAGCGAAGAGGUAGGCCUAAUACUAUACUGUAUGUAAUAUUUUAAAUCCGACUACGAGGACUGGACCAAAGCAAACCACACCAUACAAGACCAUACCAUACAAGACCAUACCACACCAUACCAUACAAUACCACACCAUACCACACCACACCCUACCACACCCUACCACACCAUACAUACCACGCCAUACAUACCACACCAUACCACACCAUACCACACUAUAUCACACCCUGGACCAAAGCAAACCAUACCACACCAUACCACACCAUACCACGCCAUACCAUACCACACCACACCAUACCACGGCACACCAUACCACACCAUACCAUACCACACCAUACCACACCAUACCAUACCAUACCAUACCACACCAUACCACACCACACCAUACCAUACCAUACCACACCAUACCACACUAUAUCACACCCUGGACCAAAGCAAACCAUACCAGUCCAUACCACGCCAUACCACACCAUAUCACACUAUAUCACACCCUACCAAACCCAUGCAGCAUUCAAGUUAAACCAAGCAAAGUGCAAAAAACCAUCUUUAAAGUUUGUCUAAAUGCAAGCUGUUCAGAGAAUAUAAUGUAGUCUUUUAACUUGAUGAUGGAGUAAAUUCCGAAACGUCGUUUUUAAUAAAAAAUGUUAAGUCUUGUUCUUGCUCAUUAAUAACACAAAAAAAUCUUUAAAGUUAUAUCUCAAAUCAAUAAUUCAUUAGCCUACCGAAUUAUUUUGCUCACAUGAUAAUAGUGGAUACCUUGUGAAGUAUACUGAUCCAGAAUUCAGUCCUUGGACUGGAUCCAAAUUAAUUCACCUAUGUAGUGAUUUUCAUUAAUUCAUUUAAGUAGUGAUUUAUUCGUACGAGAUGUCAUUUCAAAUUCUCCAAUUCGGACUGGACUAGAUUUCAAGUCUUCGCAUUUUGAUUCAUCUUGAUUAAAUUGCGAGGAUUUGAAAUCUAAUCCAAUUCUCACAGUCGGAUUUGAAAUAUUACUAAACAUCAUAUUUCUCUCGUAGUUUCUGCGUCGUGUACGAUCUUGGCAGGACCAACUGCACGACGACAGCUAUUCAAGCCUGACAGACAUUGAUCAACUUAGCCAGCUUCUAAUACAAGAAGUUAAUGUAAAGAAGGAAAUAGACACAUCUUACGAAGCAGUCUCUGCGGAGAGUAAGCAACUUAUCGAAGCAUUACAGAAACCGUUACUUGCCGGAGACGAACGAGAUUCGCCGGAAUUUUCCGAAGCUGCUUCACAUGUCAUGGAACUUUUUUUAAACGUUCAUGAACAUCACAGACAGUUGGGGAUAUUAUGUGAUGCAAAACAAUCUGGAAUACGAGAGUUGAUACACAUGUUGACUUUGGAACAGGACAUCACACAGGUAGGAAUUUUAACGUGUUUUUUUUCAAACGUCAGAACUUUUGACACACUUGGGGUAACUUGAUGUGCCUGAUAAUUUAAGAUUUAACCAGGAUUUCUGGUUAAAUUGCGACCAACCCCAAAUAUAAAUUUUUGGUAUGUGUAAUAUUUGGGGUCAUUCUAAGAAGAAAUGUAAUGUAUCUUUAUAGUAAACCUCAUCUUGAUCAACUUUUUCACUGUCAAAGUUUCCAGAUAUGAUGUCAUUAGGUGAAUUUUUGGUACAAAAAACAAAGGAAAACUAUUUUGCAAUUCACCAAAUGACAUCAUAUCCGGAAACUUUGACAGUAUAAAUUUGAUCAAGAUGGGAUUUUUUGUUUUAAAGAUACAUUACAUUUCUUCUUAGAAUGACCCAAAUAUUACACAUACCAAAAAUGAUAUUUGGGGUUAGUCGCACUUUGAUUUAAACAGGUUAUAUGAUUGAAUUAAUUAUCUCUGAGAUUGCGGAGCCUUUAGAGGCUCUAUAUUAUCAGCGAAGCUUUUUUUAUCAAACCUCAAUAAAUUUGCCUCUUUCUGCGCAAAAGUAAGAUUUUUGCAUAAAAAAACGAUAUGAUGAAUAAAUAAAGAUCGAAAAUAAUAAAAAUUUAUCGUUUUCUAAGUGCUAGUUUGGACGGAAAAACGAUCCGAAAACGCUAGUGUUGACGCAGAUAUUUGUGUGCGUUUUUGAAACAUCAAUCAAAGGCCCGGCCGUUGAGGCCGACUCACGGAUCAGAUCAAAUGAAAGUGACAGAACAAAUCAGAGCAGUUUGCAGUUGUUUUUCCAAACUAGUACCUUGCGAAUUUUGCUUCUGUCUAUAUCAAUUUGUCGUGCUUCUUUUGCCAAAGUCAAAAGAACGAACGCGUGCUCCAGCCCGAUUUCCGGUUCUGAAAGGCCCGAUUCGCAGGCAAACAAUGCGCGCAAAGCAGACUGGUCAUUUCCCGCGUAAUUCCCGGCAUUGUUUAACUGCCCCACACUCACCCCACACUCAAGUAACAACAACGACUCACAGAUGUUGCUUCGCAACAUCCGUGAGUCAAAAACGUAGGGGGUUGAAAACGGGUUAGUGAGAAUUUCCAAUUAAACUGCGUUGCAAAAUCGAGAGUCCUGCUGACAGUUUUAAUUGCAAAACAAAACAAGACUCCGACUACAAAGUUCAAACGAUAUGAUUCGUUUCUAUUUCAAAACCAUUUAACUCUAGGAGACUAGGACCAGGAUCGACAAAGAACGAAAGUUCAUGCAAAUGCCAAUUGUUUUUAAAUCAAAUUUUGUUGAAGAUCAGUCCUGUCCAGAGAGGGGGGAAGGGUUGUUGCCUCUGAAAUCGACCUUAAGCCGCCACUAUGCUUCGAAGAAUUAGUGAGAAUAAUUUGACAAAUCAAUAUUUUUGUCCCGUCGCUAUUUCUAUAUGACAGCUAACAUAUCCCUGGAUUAGAUGUUAUUUAAUUACGGAUUACAGAAUAUUAGGGACCUCGAUUGUUCACAGUUUAUUUGCAAUACCAACCACAUUGUGUGAGACAUUUAAUCGCGUUUCACGCUAUUCAGGCAGGAUAUGAGUGAGACAUUGAUAAGGGUUCGUACAAUUUAAGCUAGCUAGUCGGAUAAAUUAUUAAUUGAGGAUUUAGGAGAGUGAACUUAGCACAAAAUGACAAUUAUUUUACUAAAGUAGUUGGUGUCUUCGGCAGCGAAAGAAUAAUAAGUGGUCGUACUUUCAAAUGAAGUCAAAUAAAUCAGUUGCUAAAAUUAAAAUUUAAGCUAGCUAGUCGGAUAAAUUAUUAAUUGAGGAUUUAGGAGAGUGAACUUAGCACAAAAUGACAAUUAUUUUACUAAAGUAGUUGUUGUCUUCGGCAGGGAAAGGAUACGGACUAGUCGUACUUUCAAAUGAAUUCAAAUCAGUUGCUAAAAUUAAAAUUUAAGCUAGCUAUAGUCGGAUAAAUAACUGAGGAUUUAGGAGAGUAAACUUAGCACAAAAUGACAAUUAUUUUACUAAAGUGAUUGUUGUCUUCGGCAGGGAAAGGAUACUAACUAGUCGUACUUUCAAAUGAAAUCAAAUCAGUUACUAAAGUAGAAAUUUCUGAAUGUCCCAAACGGGAACGAAACCCAACAUUUAGGCGCGGUCACUAAUUCAAUAUCAUGCAGAAACAUCAACAACUUCGAUACAAGAUAAUUUGGCUUACUUCAAACAGAUAAUUUGGCUUACUGUUUUAGGAAGUUUCCUUGUCAUCUAAAAUUGCUAUACCUGAGCUGACCUCAAGCAGAGGUGGUCGUGACACCAGAACGAGGUUGAGCCGACCUAAUUUACCCGUUUCUCGGGUGAUACACUUCGCGGGUAGGUCGUUUACAAUGCAGGCUACCCCCAAGCCUAUUCUGAAUUUAAGGCGUACCUAUAUUAUCUAUAAAAAUAGAUGGAUUUUGUAGAUGGAAAUUUCCAGUGGAAUUUUUAUACAUUUAUCAGACGUAACCAGGAACAGUUGCAAAAAAUGCAAACAUAGACUCUCUGGCAGGAAUCGAGCCUGCGAUUCCUGCGAUUAUAUCGAGUGUGAGUUUGGGCGUGUAUAUUGAUUUAAUCCCUACAUAUACAUGUUUAAUCCCUAGAAAGUUCUAAGAAUCUACUAAAGGCUUUAUUGAAAUAAUUUGGCGAGGGUUGAAGACCGGAAACACGUCAAGGGUUAUCAAUAAAAUCUCUAAAACUAUGUCAAGUUAUAUGCCACCCCCCCAAAAUAGUCAACUAUCUGAACAGGAAUAUACAGUUUAAACUCCUAUACACUUUUAACGCAAAUGCUUUCUGUUUAUAAGUAUUCAAAAUUCCACUGUUGUUAAGCGCAAGAAUAUUAUGUUUUUAAUCUUAUUGUUUGCAUUGUUUCAUAGCAAUAAUCUUAUACAGUUUGUGUUUGCUAUAAAAAUCGAUUGUCUCAUUAUAAAUAAAACCGCCAACGCUGUAGGUCAAAUAAUGGUUCAAUAUUUUACCAUAUAUGUAUUGCUUGCACGAAUUAUAAAUUCUGAAACAUGACCUUAAAGUGGUUCGGAAAUUUUAUACUGGAAACAGGAUUUUGCUUUUACGUGCUAUAAACUGUUAUUCGAAAGCUGGUUAGCUAUUAAGUCCUGGGUUAACGAAAAACUGUCAAGUUCUAUCUAUUUAUCUACAGCUUGCUUAUAAACUUGGCGGUAUUUUUUCCACAAAUCGUGUCUGGAUCAAUAGAAAUAUUGUUUUCAAAAGUAUCGAAACAAACUAGCAUGCAGAAAUACAAAAACCGCGGGUUAAAUUUGAACCCAAGGUUAUCGCUAAUUUAGCCUUGAACAACCGCCCUCGAUUCGAUUUGAGUUGCAAGGAAACUGACUCUUCAACAGUCCCCCCCCCCCCCAAUGGCUCCAAAACAAAAUUGCGCAAAUGCAAUGCACCAUUCGAGGUAGUCCAGCCAAAAAUGCGCUCAUACAAUACCAAUUACAAAUGUAUAUUUAACUUCAUUGAUUAUAAAUUCCUAUCCUUGGGCUGGUUGUUCAAAGUUGGAUUAGCAGCGCUGACCUGGGUUGAAAUUUAAACCUGCUGUUUUAGUUUGUGUAUUUCUGCACAUCUAUUUGUUUCAAAACUUUAGAGAAGAAAACUCUCAUUGGUCCAUGCAGACAAGAUUUCUGAAGAAAUAUUUCCAAGUUUAUAACGAAGCUUUGGGAAGUUUGCUUUGAAUUUUAGGUUAACCUAGGGUUAAGCUAAUCGACCCCUUGACUUCAACGAAGACUUGAAGCAGUGCGUCCCACUCCCAGCAACGAUUUUAAUUUUCUAUAGACAAUAUAACAACCACGCAACGUUUUCGUGUUAAAUUGCUAAAUUAGAGGUCAUUUCCUUGACGAACAGAAUGAACAAUAUGCUAAAUGUAGCCUAUACGUCAGUGCCACCUGUGCCCGCUGGCAAUUCAUGUGAAUCAUUUUAACACUUGACUACGACUUUUAGCGUGGCGGAAGUACGAUAACUUUCAUUAAAUGCGGCAGUGUAUGGCUAUCUCUAAGUGCAACUCGAAACUCGAAAGACAGUUACCAACUUACAAGAGUGACUAAAUUUUUCACCAUAUAUAUUGACUUUGAGCUUAAUGGCAAAUACAUGCUGUGAAAACAUUUAGUAUUAUUUUCUUUAUAUUCCCUAAUUCCCACAAAUUUCAAUAGAUUUGAAGUUGGCCAGUGGCCACUGUUUUGCGCACAAAACGUCGAAGAUCACGAAGAAGUUAUACAGCUUUGCGCAGCAGCGUGAGAAUGUCUUUUUUAGCCACAUUUUUUAAUGCAUUUUCAUGGUUGAUAGAAACUAUAUAUAGAUAUUAUCAAUUUUAAAUGUGGGAAAAUCUCAAGUAAUCGUUACUAUUGUACUCUUUCUGGUCUUUUAGUGCUAUUCAAAUUUAAGGGUGGUCUUUCAAUAUUGGGAAUCAUCUUUUCUUUCAACAACUAACAUUUUCAUCGUUGAUUUCAAUUUCACCAUUUUAAAGCUUAUUUAACACAUUGACCCAUACAUCAGAGGUGGUGACAUGUAGCAAAAGCAUGACAUAAUAACAUACAUGUGAUGUGAUAUACCGCUUUCGGAAUUUCCCAUGGAUUGUUGUCUAUGCGUCUACAUGUAUUGAUAGUACCUAUAGCCUGUUUCGUACUGGAAUAGCCAAAGGAAAGAUGUAUUAGCGCCCGUUAUCCUAUCAAAAAGUAAUGAUGUCAUUAAAUUGUAUUUGAGCUAAAUAUUCAUGAACGCCCGCAGAGCGCGUUCCGGUCUGUCGACCUUCAUCCCUAUUUGGUUUUUGUCAACGUUAGAUCUUUGUACCCAAGCUGUGCGAGGGGAUUUACUAGGCUUGACUAUAUAUGUUUGCUGAUAACGUUACAAUGUAAAUGUGGAAUACAAUAUGAAGUGACAAAGAGUUGUAUUUUACUUGUAUGAAACGACAGAAAGGCAACAUUACGUGCUAUUUGACGUGUGCUUGUGAGAAAUGGAUAUAUUUCAAAUCCGUGGCGAAUCAUACUUCACGUUGGUAAGCUCGCAGUUAAUGUUAGUUUAAGUGUAUAUGGGCUUAAUGAUAGCUUACGAGCUCCUCACAAGUGUUUUUGGACUUCGGAUGAUGUUAUUAUUAAGUAUAAAGUGUGUUGAGUUAUUGAAACGGUAACGUAAAUACAAUGGUAGCGAGUUUUGUUAGAUAACAUUGUUCAGAGUGUGUACAUAUGUUCCACAUGAGGAUGAGUAAAAUACAAAUGUCAGAAUUUUGUGUGUCCACACGUCAAUUUGCUGUGUUAUCAUAAGUUAUAGAUUAUCAUUGUAACACAAGCCUAUACUAUAGAGUCGGGCUUUUUUCGCUAGGCAAUUAACAAAAUCUGACAAUCGAAGUAUGUUUUUGCUAGCAACGAGUUUUCCUCGUAUAAUGGUAUAGAAAUCCCAUUUCCUUUGGCUUUGCCAGGCUCUGAGGGGUGUCCGAACUCUGCCAAGUUGUGUAGUUCUGUGUGAAGAGUAGGUAUAUAUGUCUUCUAAGUCUUGCGUUUGGCGUCUAUGGACAUAUAGAUUAUAGGUGAUUUAAUUUAUUCUGACAUUGGGCUGUGUUGUGAUUAAUGAAAUCUAAUCAUUUGGCUAUUUUUAUGUGUACAAUACCCGUCUGGCGUGUCAGACAUGCAAGGAAAAAGGUUCUAUCGAUUUAUGUGCUUACGUUUUACCUGUUAGCCUUGCCAUUUAUAAAAGGAACGAUAUUUAAAAUAGCGUACAACCGCUUUUGCUAUUUCCGAAUUUCCUUGUUAACAGACAGGCAGCGGAUAGCCGGCGAAUAACCGGAUUACAAAGAUUAAAUUUUUCAGAAAACACUUAAAAUAGCCUCGUUUCUGGCUUGUUUCCUUGAAAAGUUGUUAUAAAUCUCUAUUCAGUGUACUUAGCCUUAGUGUAUGUUUUGGAUGGAUUCAAACAUGUUUAGCACGGGUAUAGGAGAGAGGGUACUAGGUUCAUAUUGUGUUAAUUUCGCAUGUAAUUAAACGUUGAUUCGCUUCUAAUGUGUUUUGUUUUCAUUAUAAAAUCAUACCAACGCUAAGAAACAAUGAAAUCAUUCAAAAACAAUUUAAACAACGCAUAAACUCGAAUUAUCCUACACAGCACGACAUUCUAUAUAAAGUAUAUAGUCCAUUUUUAGCAUCAAUUAAAUGAAAACAUUCUUGAUAAGACUAAAAAUUGUCAUACUCGGUAAUAUUUGUCGCAGCGUUUUCUGCAAAAAACAUUAUAAAGACACAGUUUAGGCGUAUUUUUAUGCCAUUAAUCGUUAAUCGUUCCAUCUUGAAUGCCACUUCAGUUACAUAAGAUCCUUUUUGAAACGGCUUUAACUCGAGUACAUACUUUGCUUCAGGCGAAAUAUGAUUCAACUUAUAUGCGUCAAUACAUUGCUAACAAGGUUAUCUAUUUAGUCUGUAUCACUAUAUCGUAGUACAUGUAAAUGUCUCUAUAUAUGGGAAGUACUAUAUAGCCUCCUCCACAGGCAUCUAAACCGGGGAAUCGGGUGGUCGGAAAAAGUUUAGUGAGAUUUUUUUUUCAAUGCCCAUUCGCAGGCUAAAACCCAUAGAGAGGCCUGCGUAGGAGGCUAGAGUAGAGAAGUACAUGCAUGCCUUUUUCUGUAGGGAUCUGGCAGGGGGGGGGGGCAGGUGUUCAUUGGACUUUGGUCAUGGUUCAGGGUGCGACCGUGGGAAUUGUUAAGCAUGACUACAGUCAUCUUAUUUAGUCUCUAUUUUUAUAAUUGCUUUUCCAAAUCAAAUAUGGAUUUGAUAAUGAAAUUGGUACCUCGUUUGCACCCCCAGUCAAUCCAUCCCUGUCCCUGGCAAGUUCCCGGUUCAGUAAGAUGGAAAUCUUUAAACCUUAGAUGCGCAGACUGGUGACCCUUUGUGUUCGUGGCGCAGUUGUUUGCGCAUUUGCCUUACGCCUCAGGCGAUUUCUCUAAUAUGCAGUUGUUUGAAUCUCACGUUAGGUCUUAUUCGGGGUACUCCGGUUUCCUUUUUCAAUGAAACUGAAACUAACUUAUCUACGAUGCAUAUAUCCAGAGUCGUAUGUUAUGUCGUCAAGAUAAGCUCCUCCGUCGAACAUGAAUAAGCUAGAUUGUUGGAUAGUUUACACGGAUAAGUGGAUGGUGCAGUAUCAUUUCGAAAUUUUCAUCUCAAUCGUUUUAGAUACAUUUUCUAAGAAAUCAUCUGCCAAAUAUUGAAAAUCAAGUCGAAUAAUCCCGCUCUGAAGGCCUGUCAUUAUGGUCUUCCAUUAGAGAUAAAGAUACCCCAGUUUACGAGUACGGGUAGUGUCAUUUUGUUUCAAAAUCUCCUCUAGUUUUUCAUGUUUGAUCAUACCUUUUCUAUUUGUUGCGAUGGACCGUGGUCUGCUGAGAACGAACAUGUACAGUAAUCACCAGUAAACACACAGACAUCGAAGAAAGUUGCUAAACAAAAUGACGCUACCUGUACCCGUAAACCGGGGUAUCGAGUCCGCGAGGAGGAGCGAGUCACGUGUGUAAUUAGUCGUGCGUGCAUGUAUGCCACGAUUCAUGGCGUGCACACGAGGUAUAUAUUUCGUGUGGCCCCUAUCAUAAUGUAUCAGGGCCAUAGAUAUCUUAUAUACACUAGAUAGCGCAUCUCUUUUAGUAAAAUUGAAGCCAAGAAUAUUCCAGCGGUUACCCCCAUUUGAAUAGAUGGCGGCCAUGUUGGUCGUUCCCACUUGCUAAUGAACGCUUAAAAACAACAAUAACUUAAAAACGUAUUUGGAAUAGGGUUAACUUGAUGUUUAAGUUCCCUGUUUAAGAAAUAGAAAACAUACGAAUCUUCUCAUUUCACGAGAACGACCUGAGACUGCAAUCACGGCUUCAAUUUUUGAAUUGCAGAAUAAUUAGAUGCACUAUCUAGUGUAUAUAAGAUAUCUAUGAUCAGGGCGGAUCCCUGACCCCAACCCCGCCGCUAACCUCUUACUCCGAGCUCCAAUUAUUACGGUGCAAAACUGAUAAGGGCACGCUGGACAGCCGCAGCACAUAUUCAAAAAUGCUCGCUUGUUCCGCGCGUGCAAACCCCGAGCUGUAAGGUUGAUGUUAUGACACGUCAGUGACAGUGCUGAAAUUACAUCGAUUGAACUUGACCAACAUUACUGCAGAGGUGUGAGGACAGAUUCUGAUAACUACAGCUGUACACACGCAGAGACCAUAAUGACGUCGCAUGACAUAUAACCAACCCAUUACUCAACAGUGCAAAAUUGUUUAAAUUGUUUUUGACACUGUCAAAACACAAUGUUGUCAGCAGUUUUAGUGAAAUUUCAAUUAAUUAAUUUUCUUGCCAAAACACAAUGUUGUCAGCAGUUUUAGUGAAAUUUCAAUUAAUUAGAUUUUUUUGCGAAAACAGAACAUUUAAUAGAUGAGGUUAUUUUACCAACAAAAAGAUCACACAUAGAAUAAGUUGCUGAGUGUUGUGGUUUGUUUCUGAAUUACUUGAAAAAAAACAUCAGUAUGUAUACUUGAAGUAAACAGCAGCCCUUCAUUAUGACCUAUUAUUAUAUAAAUUAGCCACACUAGCUGGAUCUCUACGUUUCGUAUUUUUCUGUGUGCAACGAUUAUCGACGAUUUACCAAAAGAUAUUCUCGGAUAAGGACGUUAAAUCGUAGGUACCUCAGAUCCCCCCUAUCAAUUGCUGUCGGGAAAUCCGCUCACCAAUAAGUGAGAAACUGAAUAGACUCAAUAUAAAGGGUUGUUUUGUAAACUAAAUAGUAGAUCUGUUUGUUUUUCCCCUUGAUUCAUCGUUGUUUAUACAUAAAUCGGAAAUGUUUAGCGUAUUUUUAUUACGUCCAAGAGAGUUCAUGAAAGAAACUUCGCUCUGCAUGCAAGAAACUUCGUAUUCAAUUGCGCUAUUUGAGUUCGUAUAUUUAUGUAUAACAAGCCAAAUGCAAUAUGUAAACUUGUUUAACUUAAGUGCUUGUAGUCGGUUUCAUUUGUACACAUGCCUCGACCAGACGUUUUAGCCGGUUUGUUAAGAUGUGGUUUCGGUUACAAAUUUGAAGAAGAAAUUGUGAAACGAUGAAAUGUGUAGAACACAUGGUCGCUAUGUCGCGUUUGCUCAGAUUCAUAAGUGGCAUUUUGGCGAACAAUAACUUUAAAAGAGUUGCAUCUAUUGUGGUAAUUUGCUUAAUUUAUAACCCGGGGCAUCAUGCAGCGAUUAUGUGAAAUAUUUAGUUUAUGAGUGGCAUUUGGAAAGGUUUCAUGCUGGGUUACAUUAUAAAACGAAAUUGUAGUUUUGGGGACUUUUUUAGGAGUAUGCAAACGCGUGUACAAUGGAAAUUCAAUUUUUGACGAAAGAGUAGAAAAUAUUUAAUACCGAUAUUUCAACGAUAUUUGUAAGUGGAAUAUAUGGAAUGAUUAUCGUUUUAGUUGCAACAACCAAUCUUCUUUCAUAAUUUCUUUUCAAAGAUGAAAAAAGAAAGAGAAGAGUCAUUUCAUGUCUAUAGUGUUUGUUUUGAAUAUCUAGUUAUGAUUUUAAAUCUAGUUCUUGUUUAAAUUGGUAAUUUAUUAAUUUGUCAUAAAAUGUUGUUUGACUUCAAUUCAAAAGUGAAGAUUAAUUUCUGUUUGGUUUCGUUUUCAAAGAUUUGAAAAACCUAUCCAACUGAAAACUCUGAUCCUGUAAAAGAAAAAGUACCAAAUUAUUAUCGUAAAAUGUACUUAUAUGUGCAGUGUAUUGUACCCGAGAUAUAGCAACCAAACUUUGGGCUAAUAAGAGUUUCUUUCCUCAGGUGAUCAAAUGGAUAGAUGAGCAUGGUGAACCUUUCCUUGAUAAACACACGGAUGUCGGAAUGACGGCUGAAAAAGCUGAAGCUCUUCUUAAAAGACAUGAGGAAUUUGAAGCAAUUGCAAAAGUAAGUGAUUCUAAAAACAUUUGAGAUCACUGGAAAAAAAAGUGAAAUCCAUACUACGAAAUAUGCAAUUGCACCACAAAAUCCAUAGUAUAUCCACACUAUACUUCUAUACUAUAUCCAUAUUAUGGAAAUAUACAAUUAUUAUGGAUAACCAAAGUCCAUUCUGUUUCCAAUAAAGGUCCGGCAUACAAUUUCCAUUCUAUGACCUUCUAUGGAUUUUCAAAAUUUUUUCCAGUGGAUCAAAUAUGGAUCUAGUUUGCACAAAACUAACACCAACUUUAUACUAUUAGACUAUUAGUGAAGCUUUAUCAGUUCUAAGAUCCAGUAAAGACUAAAGGCUUUUGAUAUAGUCAAUCUGCAUGGAAGCACUCUUCUCACAGAGGCCAACUAUAAACUCCAUAUUGCAGGAAUAAAACUCUAUAGAACUCUAUAGACUCUAGCCUAAAUAAACUGUCUAGAGGGUUCCCGCUCUCGGCUUCACUGGUAAGCUUGCAGGCGAAAGGCACAGCACUAUAAAGCACUUAGCCAUCAAACCUAAAUAAAUUUCUGUUUUCAGAAUACUUACACAAACGCAAAUCAAAUCAAAGAAGCCAUCAAACAACUACAAGAUACUGGGGAAUGCCGCCCUGAUGAAAUAAGAAAACGAACUCAAUAUUUCGAUCGACGUGUCCAGACCUUUGUAGGUCGUGUCGAAGAGAGAAAACAAAUUCUGGAACAAGCUGUUUCAUUUUAUUCAAAUACCAAAACAGUAAGUUGUUUGUGAUAGUUUGUAACAAAUUUUAGGCUCGAACGUUGGGUGUCUUGAAUAUAAUUUGUGAAUUUGUUUACUUCAACCAGACUACCAGAGUAGGAAGUGAAAACAUGUCCCAGAAUUAAUUUUUAGUAGAAAAUGUUUUCCUGCAGGGGGGAAAAUGCGCAGAAAUGUCAGAUAUUUCAGCGUGUUAGCUACAGUGAAAAAUUCCGCGUUAAACGCGGUUUUCCCCAUUACCUUGAGGUCGCAAUUUCCCAAUUUGGGUCAGCCAAAAAAUAGUUUAAAACAUGUUUAUAACUACAUUUGCUCAAAAUUACUCCCAAAAUGCGGGAAAUGCCAUUUCAAAGACACAAAAAUUUUAAAAAUCGAGGGAGGGCAACCGCAUGCCCUCAGACCCACAAAGAAAUGCCCGGCUUCAGGCUAAAGGAAAUUUCCCACUUUCAGGUAAACGCGGAUUUUUUUUUCACUUCUGGCUAACACCCUGUAUUUUCACUGGAGAUUUAUGACAGACCACGCGAUCCUGCAGAAAGAAUCCCUCUUCAUUUUUUGUCAUUAAACUAACCUAUAAAGCCGGUUACAGACGGGCAAGUUUUCUAUGACAAGUUUUUGUGUGACAAGUUUUAUUUGCCAAGUGCACGUGUGUAUAUGCAACAAAUUUUAUAUGACAAGUUUCGUAUAACAAACCUUUUUACUGGUGUGAACGUGUCAACUAAUUUACUUUGAAGACAAUUUAUUAGUAGCCGGCAAUGUAAUAGUACAGCGGACAACGCGAGCGCGCGAAAAGACGCCAUUUUUAAUUUUUAUUUCUGGCCAAUCACAUCAAAUGCUCAGAUUACUUUGACAAGUUUUCUUUGUUGACCCAUACAGACGAACAAAAUUUGUAGUUUGACAAUUUUUUCUAUGACAAGUGCACUUGUUCAAAAGCUAGCAUGCUAGCUUUUUGCCAUAGAAAAAAUUGUCAAUGGACCUUUAACCUUAUAACUAAAAUUUUGAUCUAGACAAGUCUAGACAAAAAUUUCAGCACAGCUUGAAAGAGCAUCACAAAAUUAGUAAUAUGUCGAAGUUUCGUUGCGAAAUGUUGUAAAAUGCGGAUAAUAUAGCCCUGCGAAGUUUGCAAUUUUCAGUCAUUGCAAACUUCGCAGGGCUAUAUUAUCCGCAUUUUACAACAUUUCGUAACGAAACUUUGGAAUAUUACUAAUUUUGUGAUGCUCUUUCAAGCUGUUUUGUCUAGACUUGUCUAGAUCAAAAUUUUAGUUAUAAGGUUAAAGGUCCAUUUAUCAUAGAAAACUAGCUCGUCUGUAAUCGGCUUAAAUCAACGUAAACUUCACUUGCAGCUUCACGAGAGUGUCGACAAAGUGAAAGCCCUACUCGAGAUCGAGGAACUGUCGGACGAUCCCGACGACAUAGCGAAGGUCCUUCUCAAAUUACGUCAUCAAUGCGAACGAGCAUUGGAGAACAUUAACCAAAGUAUCAACGAUGGCAGGGCCAUUGUUGAACACGUGACCCGGGGCACGCAGGACGUCAAAACGACCGGGUCAUGUGAGCAUUUGGAGGAAUUGAUCUCUGAGCUCGAAGCGAAGAAAAAUGUUCUUGAGAUGGCUUGGAUGAGACGCCGGGAACAAAUGGAGUUGUGGCAACAGCUUUGGGAAUUUGAACGAGAUGGCGAACAGGUAUCUGUGCUCACUUUAGUUAUUUUAAUUAUUUUGUUGAAAUCACAGCACAAGUGCCAGUUUGACUCAAUGGAAAAGAAUUUGAACAUCCAUAGAAGGUCAUAGAAUGGAAAUUGUAUGGAC